UAAAAGCUACAGCUUUCUUUGCGCGUCUCUUUCUUUUACCCGAGCGGACCAACUCAAGCUUGCAGAGAUCUUCGUUUGAUCCCGUAGAAAUCGCAACCAUGGCGGAAAAGGCUGUCACCAUCAGAACCCGAAAAUUCAUGACCAACAGACUUCUCUCCAGGAAGCAGUUCGUUAUUGAUGUUCUUCACCCUGGAAGAGCCAAUGUUUCAAAGGCUGAGCUGAAGGAGAAGCUAGCGAGGAUGUACGAGGUCAAGGACCCGAAUGCCAUAUUUGUUUUCAAAUUUAGAACCCACUUUGGAGGUGGUAAAUCUUCUGGGUUUGGUUUGAUCUAUGAUACCGUCGAGAGCGCAAAGAAAUUCGAACCCAUGUACAGACUUAUCAGGAAUGGACUUGACACCAAGAUCGAGAGAUCAAGGAAACAAAUGAAGGAAAGGAAGAACCGCGCGAAGAAGAUCCGUGGUGUUAAGAAGACAAAGGCUGGUGAUCCCAGGAAGAAGUGAGAUGUCAAGACAGGAUCGCCAUUUUCUCUUCUUGUUCUGCAUAAUCACCUUUUAUGUUUUCUUUUUUGUUAUUUGUCUGCUGUUAGAUCUUUUCUCCAACUAGACAUCUAUGCUAAAUCUUGAGCUUUUUUGCUUCCUUUGUUUCACUCAAUAUAAGCGUUAGAGAAACUGAAUCAACGGUUUUGUUCAAAU